CCUGUCUCAGCAACAUCCCCGCUUGGACCAGAGACCAGCCACCGCCAACAAAAACAAAACAACAACAGGAAAACCAGUGUGACACCAUGGCUUUUCGCAGUGGAAAUACCUCCAUAUCAGUCUCCUCCAUACCCUAUCUCUCCUCUACUAGACGGGGUACGAGCGUGUACGGAGGCGCAGGAGGGUCAAAUGUGAAAAUUUCCUAUGGGACCAGACCACUCGGAUCCGGGUUUGACUUGUCCCACGCGCUGCAAGGAGGCGGCGGCGGCGGGAUAGGGGGGAUGGACAACUUGGGCAUCGCCGGGAGUGAGAAGUUAACCAUGCAAAACCUCAACGACCGGCUGGCCACGUAUCUGCAGAAGGUGCGCUCACUGGAGGAUGCCAACGCCAAACUGGAGAGGCAAAUCCGGGAGUGGUACGAGAACCAAACCCCCACUGUCCGGGACUACAGCAAGUACGAGGUCAUCAUUACUGACCUGCGCCACAAGAUCGGCAUUGCCACACAGGACAACGCCAGGCUGAUGCUGCAGAUUGACAACGCUCGACUGGCCGCAGAGGACUUCAGGGUCAAGUAUGAGAAUGAGAUGGCUCUUCGCCAGUCUGUGGAGGGGGACAUCGCUGGUCUUCGUAAAGUCCUGGACGACCUCACCAUGGCCCGGUCCGAUCUGGAGAUGCAGUUGGAGGGUCUCAGGGAGGAGCUGGUUUACCUCAAGAAGAACCAUGAAGAGGAAAUGGCAGCGUUGCGUAGCCAGGUGAACACCAGCUCUGUGCAUGUGGAGGUGGAUGCCAAACCUCAGGCGGACCUCGGCAGGGUCCUGGACGAGAUCCGGGCCCAGUAUGAGGGCAUCGCCGAGAAGAACCGCAGAGAGAUGGCAGAGUGGUACAAAGUCAAGUUUGACAACUUGAACAAGGAGGUGGCAAGCAGCUCAGAGUCCCUCCAAACGUCCCGCACUCAAAUCAAUGACCUCAAGAGGAUGCUGCAGAGCCUCCAGAUCGAGCUACAGUCACAGCAAAGCCUGAAAAGUGCUUUGGAGGACCAGUUGUCUGACACCGAGUCACGCUACGGUGUGCAGAUGAGCCAGCUUCAGGCUACGGUGGACUCUUUGGAGCAUGAGUUGGGCCAGAUGAGGGCCGACAUCGCGAGACAGAGGACAGAAUACCAGUUGCUGCUCGACAUCAAGACCAGACUGGAGCUGGAGAUCGCAGAAUACAGGAGGCUGCUGGAUGGAGAAGAUGUGAUACAAAUAAAAAGUGAACCAGUUAAAACUCAAAGAAGAGUGAUAAUCACUGAAGAACUCAUUAAUGGACAGGUUGUGUCCCGCAAAGAAGAUGCAACACCGGUCUACUGAAAAACUAGUCCCUGGACAUGGCCACAGCCUGAUUGAAUACUGAAUGCUGUUGUGUAUCUAAGGCCCAUUAACUGCUGGUUUUCACAGGUCUGGCUCCCAAAAGAGCCAGUUUUUCUUAUUGAUAACACUUAAUAAGAAAUAUCCAAAAGAUAAGCUGAUUAACAUUGAAUCUGUAGAAUGUUUUGAUGUCAUCUGAAACCAAGCAAUAAUGAUUAGCUUCUUGUGUGUGUUUUCUAACCAAAAUAAUUGAGACCCAUGGAAGGCAACAGAAGUCUGUGCUGAAAUAACUACAGUUUAACACUGGAUGGCGUUGUGUGUUGUUUAAGAAUGACCAUAAGAAUGGAAGAUAUUAAAGUAACUGUAUAAUUCAAUUCUAACUUAUUUCAAAAUAACAUGGGGAUUUGUUAAAAAAAAUAAAUAUGGUUUGUCAUGAAUUUU